AUGGACUACCUCUUCAAAACGACGGACUCUGUCAUUGAGAUCCUGUGGGACGUUGCACUGGCCUUCUUCAUUGUCCGCAUCGCACUGGCUUAUUUCUUCCUUACGUUCGCAACAAGCACGCUGCUCUCUUGGAUCGUCUACACAUACCACCAAAACCUAGUGCUUCCUCUCGUCUCUGACCAGCAGCAGCAACAACAACACCACCUCACAACAUCACAAACGGGGUUUGUCCUGGCCCCGAUCCUCCAGGCCAUUGUGGGACUCGUCGUUGCGCGAUACAUCGUGGUGGCCUACGACGUACCGCGCGUAGCGUGGUUUCGGCUCGCCAUCGGAGGCCUGGCGGCGGCGUUCCUGGUCAGCGCGGCGGCGUUACUCGGAUUGGCGAUGUACAUGUACGAGGGAGGGUAUGGGAGGGACUGCUGGGUUUGGGAGGAGAUGGACUGGUGGGUGUUGGCCGCUCUACUGGGCGGAACUGGGGUCUUUGCGGUGACGCCUACGGCGUUGAUGGGGUUUGAGAGGGUUGAGCUGAGGGGGAAGAUGGGCAUGCAGGGGCUCGACAGCAAGGGGGCUUGA